AUGUCUGACAAAGAAUUUGGAGAAGAGGCUGACAUAAUGCCUCCAAAGACCAUGAGUCAAGAGGCCAUUAAGACAAUGGUUGAGGAAUUACUUGCAGAGAGGUUAAAGGAAGUUGGACAGUGGAAGGGUAAAGAGAAAGUGGGAGGUGAUGAAUCAGAAGAUGAGCAAGAGAAUGAAAGGGAAGAGGCUAUUGCUAAAGAGGUUCAGAAGAUGCCAGCAGACCAAAAGAUAUUUGUAGAUGCCUUGAAGUCAGUAAACAGGGAUAAUGUGGAGAGUUUGCCCACCUAUGGAGGUAGCUUGAAUGGAGAGGAGGUGCUUGAUUGGAUAGAAGCACUCAAUAACCAUUUUGAGUAUAAAGAGGUACUUGAGGAGAAGAAGGUAAGUUUGGCCAGGGCUAGACUCAAAGGGUCUGCCUUGAUGUGGUGGACUGUGCUACAAGAGGAGAGAGUUAAUGCAGGGAAGAAGAGGAUUUCCUCAUGGGAAAGGAUGAAGACCAAGAUUAAAAAUCAGUUUCUACCUUGUGAUUUUGAGGUGCAGAUGUUUAAGAAGAUACAAAACUUCAGACAAAGAGAACUAGAUGUGAGUUCCUAUACAGAAGAAUUCCAUAGACUAAGUCUAAGGUCUAGGAAGCAUGAAGAUGAGUCCGAGAAAUUGGCUAGAUACAUAAAUGGCUUAAGGCAAAACAUCCAAGAUGAGAUAAGUGUCUUAGCUCCUGAUAUAGUACACAAGUGUUUUCAGUUGGCUUUGAGGAUUGAAGAUAAAAUCAGAAGAAGGGGAGAACAAAAUCAGAAAAGUAGAGGAGGCAAGAAAUUUAGGGGCAGAGGUAGCUUUGGAAGAGGAGGAGGACCACCAAAGAAUGGUGAAUCAAACAUCCAAGAAGGAAAUGGAGAGACAAGUGGUAGAGAAGGAGGUUUUAGGGGUGGCUUUAGAGGGGGAAGGUUCAAUGGACGGGGCAAAUUUGGCAAUCAAGGAAGAGGUCCUAGUGUAUUCACUGGGAAGUGCUAUCAAUGCAACCAAGUGGGGCAUACUAUGAGUAGGUGUCCAGAAAAGACAUCCAGUUCACAUGGAGGGGAUAGGAGGACUCAAUUGGUCCAAGAAGAAGACAGCAGCAGUGUCUCCCCACCUAUUGGCCGAGCAGGACCUACUUUGGAAGGAGAAAGUUUGAUGUUGAAAAGAACUCUCUUGAAGAUACCCCAACAUAAGGAGCCACCUCAAAGAAAGAGUCUUUUUAGGACUACAUGUGUGUCAUUUGGGAAGGUUUGUAAGGUCAUCAUAGAUUCUAGUUCAACCGAGAACAUUGUGGCCUUGGAAAUGGUGGAGAAACUCAAGUUGAAAAGACUACCUCAUACUACACCCUACAAGGUGUCAUGGCUGAAUAAAGGGCAGCAUGUUGUGGUGGAUGAACAAGCAUGGGUGGAUUUUGAGAUUGGAGAAUAUAAGGACAGGAUUCUAUGUGAUAUUCUACCCAUGGAUGCAUGCCAUCUCCUUUUAGGCUGCCCUUGGCAAUUUGAUGUGAAGGCUAUACACAAUGGAGAGCUCAAUACCUAUGUCAUCACCAAGAAUGGUAGGAGGUAUGAGAUGGAUCCCUUACUUGAUCAAGGGAGUGCAGAAAACAUAAGCCCUAGCAUCAUGAUGUUGAGAGGGAAGGAGUUCCAUAAGAUGAUGAAGAAUGAGGGAGCCCAAGGGUAUGCUGUGAUGCUCAAGCCUAAGGAGAAACCUAUGCCUAACUCCAAAGAAGGAGUUCCUAAGGAAGUGCAAGAACUAUUGGAGAGGUAUAAAGGGGUGGUGGUGAAUGAUCUGCCUAUUGCCUUACCACCUAUGAGAGACAUAAGUCAUCAAAUAGACCUGAUUCCUGGAGCUACUUUGCCAAACAAGGCAGCCUACAAGAUGACACCGGCUCAAAAUGAAGAGAUUGCUAAACAAGUGCAGGAGUUGUUGGAUAAAGGGUUGAUAAGGAAGAGUUUAAGCCCUUGUGCUGUUCCUACUGUCCUAGAACCCAAGAAGGAUGGUACAUGGCGGAUGUGCACUGAUUCAAGAGCCAUUAACAAGAUUACCAUAAGGUACCGGUUCCCUAUGCCAAGAAUUGAGGAUUUGCUAGACUACCUUGGAGGAGCUUGCUAUUUCUCAAAGGUAGAUUUGAAGUCUGGAUAUCAUCAAAUCAGAAUUAGACAAGGGGAUGAAUGGAAGACAGCCUUCAAGACAAAUGAGGGUCUUUAUGAAUGGAUGGUGAUGCCCUUUGGGCUUACUAAUGCAUCUAGUACCUUUAUGCGCCUCAUGAAUGAGGUCCUAGUUGAAUUCAUUGGUAAAUUUGUGAUUGUAUAUCUUGAUGACAUUCUGAUUUUUAGCAGGUCUAAGGAGGAACAUAUCAAGCAUUUAAACAUGGAAAAGUUGAACCAAAGGCACCUUAAAUGGGUGGAAUAUUUGCAGGCCUAUAAAUUUACCAUCAAACACAAGAAGGGGGUCUCCAAUAAGGUGGUUGAUGCUCUGAGUAGGAGGGUACUUAUUGUUAAAGAGAUCCAAUUGGAGUGUGUGGGUCUUGAAGCACUCAAAGGCUUGUACAAAGAUGACAAGGAUUUCCAUGAAAUCUAUGAGGAUGGGUUGCUUUUCAAAGGCCACCUCUUGUGCAUUCCUCAAUGCUCAAUGAGGGAAAACAUUAUAAAGGAGAAACAUCAAGGGAGUCUUGGAGGACACUUUGGUCUUGACAAGACUUUGGAGCAGGUUAACCGGUUCUAUCAUUGGCCUAAGUUGCAAUCAGAUGUAAGGAGGUUUGUUGAACAAUGUUCCAUUUGUCAAAGAGCUAAGGGAGUAUCCACCAAUGCAGGUUUGUAUUAG